AUGCGUGACGAGGCUGUAACGAAGUCCCAGCCAGGUGGAUCGAAGUCGGAGCAAGGGAUUCGGAUGCGUGACGAGGCUGUAACGAAGUCCCAGCCAGGUGGAUCGAAGUCGGAGCAAGGGAUUCGGAUGCGUGACGAGGCUGAAGUCCGUCACUCCGUCUCUAUCCGAAUUUCCGAUAAGCAGCCCAGAGGAGCGAAGCCCUCGGAGCCCUUUCCAUAUUUGGCACAAGGAACCUUCCGCCCUCAUUUGCGCCCUGGAAGGAAGGCUGUCACGAGGAGCCUGUCAAUGAAAGAGUUUGAUACAAAGCACGUCAGAUCUAAUCCCCUUGCCAGGCCGGUUCGAGCAGCUCCACGAGACGCCCCCCACGCCGCCAACCCCCCUCCGCCCGCCACCCCGCGCCGCCCGCCCAAGGCCAGCGCGUCCCCCCUGAGGCUGAGGUCGGCGUCGGUCAGCGGCGGCCAGGGGGCGUGUCCCUCGGCGCCGCAGGACAGGAAGCCGUCGGAGCGGUUCCUGGACACGAGGGAGGAGGUCAGGAAGCACCUGGGCGGCGGCCGGUCGGCGCGGGCGGAGGAGGCGGCGCCCAAGAACAGGUCGUUCCUGGCCGGCAUCGUGUCCCCGGCCUUCAUCGGGUCGCGGGGCCUGAGGUCGUCCUCCUCGUCGUCCUCUCCCAAGAAGAACCUCAAGAGGAUCGGGACGUCGGAGCUGAACCUCGCCGAGCGCGGGGCCGAGGACGAGGCCGACGCGCCCCUGCGCAGGGUGUCCGAUGGCAACGGCGUCGGCGGGAAGCCCAGCGUGGUGCGGAGGAUCCCCGUGUUCAAGUCGGUGGAAGGAGGACUCGACAACAGGCGGGAGGAGGGAGGGGGCGCCCUCGACGCCAACGGCGACCUGGGCGAGCACGACAGGAAGAAGGUCCUGGGCCACGCGCGCUCCAGGUCUCACGGGCACUUCAUCAUAACGAGAGACGUCGAAAAGGACGUGGGCGCGGGGGAAAAAAGCGGCGGAGUCAUUAAAGCCAAAGAAAACAUCUGGAACAAGGACGUCCUUGUGAGGGCCAUGCGACAGAAGAGCAGCGAGAACCUGUUCAACAACAGGGACUCCAGGAGUGACUACUCCUUCGAGGGCAAGCAGAAGCUCGUGGCCACAGUGGUGAAAAAUAUGCGAAACAAAGAAAAGCCAAACGUUCUGAGAAAGUUUAGUUUUACGUCGAAAACUGAAAAGGACUUAAAGAACAAGAAAGAGAAGGCAGUCAGCCCAGCUCGGAAGGACAAACAGCAGGUCCUGCCUGUCUCUUCGCCAGAUAAAAAGCCCAAGUGGAAAGACCGAGAACACAAGCCAGAUAAAACCUUCACAAGUGUGAAAAAGAUCGAGAUAAAAGCAGCAUAUCCCUCCCCGGAUGGGAAAACCUCGCCGACGUCUGUGAAUAUAGUGACCUCAGAUGCUGUGAUAGCGACCGCUGCUAUUGCGAAAGCAGUCGCGGACAUUGCAGCCUCAAAAGCUGAAAUGGGCGCAGCAGACAGCGGCGAAUCCGCCAGCCCCCCGCUGAGCAGCUCUUCGGCAGAGCCUCCGGCCCGACCCCCGAGGCGGCGCGCAGGGCUGGCACCCCGGAAGAAGGGCAGAGCGCCGUCCCCGCCGGGCCCGCCGGGGGAGGCGCCCCAAGCACACAAGCACGCUGUGUCCGAGGAUGAAGGGUCUCCUAGUCAACUCCCAGCCGAAGGCCGCAAGUCAGUCGACAUCCACGAAACGCGCGUGCUCGCGGAGAUCGAGCUGAGCGGUGGCAUUCAUCCCGAUGGCUUCAGAGACGCGCGUCUGCUGCCGACGGACAGACAUAAGUCCUCCGACUCCCUGACUGCAAGCAAGGUGUCUGACAGAUCGAGACAGAAUUCCCCAGUGACGGCCCCCGAUGCCUCCCCCGUGUGGGUCAAGAGAACGUCCGUGUCUAGUCUUGGGUCCAGCAGAGGGGCGUCCCCGGUGGAGGCUCCCCUCGGGGCAGCCAACAGGGGGGAGAAUAAAACAGUUCCAGGGCAUCUCCAUGACAGCGAGCAGCGGGCAGCCUCCAGGCACGAGGACGGGGGUCGCUCUCCCCGCCCGCCCCCCGGAGGGAGCGCCGGCGAAUCCAAGUUCGACUUUUCGGAGAACGCGGAGGUGGAGGGCCUCCCGAUGGGCCCCCCUCCCAAGAAGCCGCCGAGGACCUUCGCCUACGAUAUCUACAAGAACAGCAAGGUGUCCCGGGGCGCGGGCGAGGCUGCGGAGGGCGCGGACAGCCUGGGGGAGAGCUCCGUGUCCAGCAGUGAGAAGCUGAACGCGUCUCCCGAGCCCGUCUACGCCGUGCCGGUCAAGAAGAAGAAAGCGGACAAGAAGCUCGACAUCAAGCCGCCCAUCAGAAGCAACAGCGACCUGACCAAGAGGGAGCUCGUGAAGCCCUCGGUGGCGCCGAAGCCUCCCCACAUCAUGACCAAGGCCAAGAGGGCUUCCAUGGUUGAUCCUCUUUCUUGUCCGGAGAAAGACGAGGAAGCAGCCAUGACGUCAGAGUUCCAGCGCCAGGCGCACAUCCGCUACAGCCUCCGCAGACCCAAGAAGCCUCCUCCGGCGCCCCCUCAGAACCCCGACGCCGACGGGGCGCCGCCGCAGGACCUGGGCGGCAGCAGCGGCGACGUCGCGGGAGCCAGGGCGAACGGCCGCGUCCAUCUGAACGGCUCGUACAACAGCCUCGAGAGCCAGGAGGGGCACCACACCCACCCGAGGAGCCGCACCAGCAGCCCUCACGACCUGAACUCCGGCGCGUCCGACGUCGAGCUCAGCCCGACGUCGAAGUCCUUCUCGAGCGGCCACAGCAUCGGCAGCAGCGACUCGGACCACCUGAAGCCCCCCGUGGCGGCGCUGAGGCUCACGGCCCACUCCACGUACAACCUGCGGACGACGUCUCCGACGGCGGGAGACGACCAGCCGUCCUCCCUCAUCCACUGCCCGACGGCGAGCCCGACGGCGCUGUCGGCUCUCUUCAGGAAGCGGAGCAUGAGUGACGAGACGCUAUACAAGGGUGCCAGGCAUGGUGAGGAGCCGAUUUAUGCCACUCCAAUAUUCCCAAACAACAAAGGUUCUUCUGGACAUUCGAGGCAGAGAGAGCUCCACUACAUGUGUUCCGUCCUUUUCACUGAUGAGGAGGCAGACGGAGGCCGCGAUGGGGCGAGGUGCCGGAGGAACAGCCGCGGAGGAGAGGCUGGAGGAGGAGGAACAGGAGCAGAGUCCUCCGCUGAUGGAAGCAAGAACCGUGCGGGGAUUAUCUCCGUGUGGAAGAGGGAGUUCCGGCAGAGCUGCAGACACGUCCAGAACAAGAUUAAGAAGUCGGUCAUCAGAUAGUCUGAGUUAGUGGGUGGGUGGGAUAGCUUGAAUCAGUGAUGUCAUGGGGGAGACUAGGUAUGGGAUUUAAGAAAAUUGAUUAGUUGUUGCAGCUAAAAUGUAUUUGAGAUUUACACACACACACACACACACACACACACACACACACACACACACACACACACACACACACACACACACACACACACACACACACACACACACACACACACACACACACACACACACACAUAUAUAUAUAAAGAGAAAGAUAAAAGGAGUCAGUGCUAUUGAAUUUAUGCUUCCAAUAUUUUGAAUAUUCAUCUAAUGAUGCUAAUCAUUCAGGUUCCAAUGUGGCUUAUUUUUGCUUGGAAAUCUGUGAUGACCUACAUUGUAUAGUGAUAAAAAAUUAUGUUGUAAGACAUAAUUAGACCAAAGUUAAUGUUAGUGAUUAUGAUAUGAAGAAUCUCUAUGGAUAAUACUCCAGUAGCUGAAAGCAAACACUAUAUUUAUGCACAGUAGAACAGCAUAUUUCGCUUCCUUUGUUAAACGUAAAUUAUUGUCCGUGAGAUGUGCUAGAGGGUUUCUUAAGCAUCUACCUCCAAUAUUGUAUCUACAUAGCCAGUGUGAGGCACGGGGGCUUCUACACCUGGCAUUCAGGACACACUCGUCUCUCUCUCUCUACCUACCUUUAUGCCUUUAACUCAUUACCUUUAAUCCUUCUUGUUUAGUACGAUGGCAGUGAGCCUAGCUGUUCCACCACCUGUAGCUUGGUGAUUGGUUGUGAUACAUGAUAUUAGGGAAGGCUUAUGUGGGAAUUUUUCCCCCUUUUCUCUUAAUUUUUUCUACUUUGAGAUUUUUUUUUUUUUUUUUUUUGGAUAAUUUUUAUUAUUAUUAUUAUUAAUUUUUUUUAAAGAUGAAAAUCAUCCAGGUGAGUGGCACAAGCUACCUGUGAUUCUACAGUGGCUAGGUUUUGUCAUAGUUGAGUAAUACUUUGGAUUGAAGCUUAUACUAAUGAGUAUAGAAAAAAGCAAUGGUACUUAUGGAUUUUUUGAAGAGUCAGGCCAUAAAAUGAGAAGUUAGGUUUUUUAAUGCAACAUCACUCUUUAAUUGUCAAAAUUAGAUUGUUUUUGAGUGAUAUCAUCUUAUAUGCAAUGUAGAAGUUUUAGAAGACCUUUUUUUAUUAUGGCCAUGCUGAUUUUAUAAUUGUAUUUUAGGAUUUUUAUACUGUGUGAAAUGCGAGAAUAGUAUGAGAGUAACAUAAAAAAAUUCUUACAGAACGUGUAUUUCUAAGAUGUCUUAUUGUGAAAUAUGUUUCUCAUUAUAUGAUCUGAUGUGUAUCAUCUGUAAAUACGCUUAAGCAAAAUAAAUUAUGUAAAAUAAUUAUAUUAUCGAUGCUUGACAUUAAAAGAAAUAGUCACAGAUCAUACUUAACCUCUUAGUGUUCAUAUAUAUAUUUUAUUUGUUUAAAGGUAUGAAAAUUGAGUUGAAAUAACAUUACAACUUGUGUAAAGAGUUGAGUACCAUUAAAUUAUUUGUAUUGUUGUUGACUUGAAGAAAUUGUUAUAAAUAUCUGUAUAUACAGGGUAAUAAAGCUUGAUUUUAUUACAUAAGGUGGGAGGUGAAAGACCUGUGCCUGUAGGGAUAAUAAAACAAUAAUUUUUUUA